AUGUCUUUCAACAACAGUGCUGGAGACAUCAUACGUUUUAAUGAAAAUGGAGAACUAGUGGAAGGUUUUGAAGUUAUAAACUGGGUAACUUUCCCAAAUGGCUCUUUGAGUAGAGUAAAAGUGGGAGGAUUGGAUCCUCAGGCCCCUCAAGGCCAAGAGUUAACCCUUAGUGAUGAUCAAAUUGUGUGGCACAGACAUUUCAAGCAGGUGCUGCCUAUUUCUGUGUGCAAUGACCAAUGCCAUCCUGGAUAUAGUAAGAAAAAGAAGGAGGGAGAGAAAUUUUGUUGCUAUGACUGUGUUCCAUGUCCAGAAGGAAUGAUCUCUAAGCAGAAAGACAUGGAUUCUUGUGUCAAAUGUCCAGAAGAUCUCUACUCCAACAACUAUCAAGAUCAGUGUAUUCCUAAGGAUGUAAACUUUCUGUCCUAUAAAGAACCAUUAGGGAUCAUCUUAGCUGUGUCAGCUAUCUGUUUCUCCAUGAUAACAGCUUUGGUGCUUGGAAUCUUCAUAAAGCACCAGCAGACACCCAUUGUAAAAGCCAACAACCGGAUCCUGACCUACAUUCUCCUGGUCACCCUCCUGCUUUGCUUCCUCUGCUCCUUGCUCUUCAUUGGACAGCCUAGAAAAGUGACUUGCCUUCUACGACAAACUAGUUUUGGAAUCAUCUUCUCUGUGGCCCUUUCCAGUGUGUUGGCCAAAACUAUCACUGUGGUCCUGGCCUUCAUGGCUACUCAACCAGGAUCUAGAAUGAGGAAAUGGGUGGGGAAAAGAGUGACCAAUUUUAUUGUUUUUUCUUGUUCCUUUGUUCAAUCAAGUAUUUGUGCUCUUUGGUUAAGUACUUCCCCUCCUUUCCCAGAUACAGACAUGCACUCAGUAAAUGGGCAGAUUAUACUGGAAUGUAACGAGGGCUCAGUUGCCAUGUUUUACUGUGUCCUGGGGUAUAAGGGCUUUCUGGCCAUUGUCAGCUUCACUGUUGCUUUUCUUGCCAGGAAGUUACCUGACAGUUUCAAUGAAGCCAAGUUUAUCACCUUCAGCAUGUUGGUCUUUUGCAGUGUUUGGUUGUCAUUUGUGCCAUCUUAUCUGAGCAUAAAAGGGAAAUCCAUGGUGGUUGUGGAGGUAUUCUCCAUCUUAGCUUCCACUUCUGGCUUACUGGGAUGCAUAUUUUUCCCUAAAUGCUAUAUCAUUAUUUUGAGGCCAGAGAUGAACAACAGGGAACAAUUAAUAAAGAGAAAGUAUUGCAAUUAA